AUGGCUUUGAGGGAGAGUGUCCUGCCCAUCAGCGAAGUGUCGGGCUCCUUCCCGGAGGUGGUGGAGCUCAACGUGGGGGGUCAGGUGUACGUCACCAAGCAUUCGACGCUGGUCAGCGUCCCCGACACCACGCUGCACGCCAUGUUCUCCCGCCGGCCGCUCCGCGACCUGCCACGCGACAGUCGCGGCCGCUUCUUCAUCGACCGCGACGGCUUCCUCUUCCGCUACGUGCUGGACUUCCUGCGCGACCGGCAGCUCGUCCUCCCUGAGCACUUCCCCGAGAAGGAGCGGCUCCAGCGGGAGGCCGAGCACUUCCAGCUGGCCGAGCUGCUCCGGCUCCUGGCCCCACGGGUGCCCAAGCAGGGCUCGGUGAACGACGAGGGCUGCCUGAGCGACCUGGAGGAGAGUUCUCAGAGCAGCGAGCCGGCCCGCUCAGCCUCCGGCGCCGACCGGUGCUCAGGCUUCCUCACCGUCGGAUACCGCGGCUCCUACGCCGCCAUCCGCGACGGCCAGACCGACGCCAGGUUCCGGCGUGUUCCGCGGAUCGCCAUCUGCGGCCGCAUCGCCCUGGCCAAGGAGGUGUUCGGCAACACGUUGAACGAGAGCCGGGACCCCGACCGACCACCAGAGAAAUACACGUCUCGCUUCUACCUGAAGUUCACCUACCUGGAGCAGGCCUUCGACCGGCUCUCGGAGGCCGGCUUCCACAUGGUGGCCUGCAACUCCACCGGGACGGCCAGCUUCGUCAACCAGCGGCGGGACGACAAGAUCUGGAGCAGCUACACUGAGUACAUCUUCUUCAGGCCCCCCACCAGGACAUCGUACCCCAAGCAGGAGUCAGAGGAGCACAAGGACGGGAAGCUCCCAGCCAAGGGCAGCGAGAGCGGCGCCUCCUUGAACGAACUGUCCACCUCCAGCUCCGAGACACACUCAGAGAUCACCUCCCCCCAGGAGGACCCGGUGGACGGCGGUAUGCUGGCCCCUGGCCACGGCCUCCAGCCGGCCUCCCGCCAGCCGAGCACUCUCACCCUGGGCCGGCCCUCCAAGAAAGGCUCCGUGCAGUGGAUGCAGCUCCCCGACAAGCGGCGAAACAGCGAGCUCUUCCAGUCGCUGGUGGGAAGCGGCAGCCCGCGAGAAGGAGGCCUCAACCGGCGGAAGCUCACCGAGAAGCUGAGUACCGAGGAGGAGAUGAAGCAAUGCAUCCAGGACUUCCACAAUAUCAAAAUCCCAUUUGAGAGUAAAGCUUGGAGCCAAAUCACAGGGUUAUCCAUUUAGACAAUGUCCCUGGAGUAUUUCAGGGGCUAGGGGCCUUGCUCAAGGGUCCAACAGACGGGUGACUAUUUUACCGCCAACAGGAUUUGAACCAGCAACCUUCUGAUCACAGGCAUAGAGGCUUAGCCUGUGGAGAUACACAACCCCCUGGUUUGAGAGCUGCUUCUGUCUGAAGCUUCAUGACAGUCAGAUGUUUGCAUUCAAGACCUGACUAAACAUUUUACCACUAAGUUGCAGACCUGAUACAAAAACUAAGUAUCAGUAACUGACUGCAAUUUUCGAAGGGCAUGUUUCAAACAAUGGUAUACUGGAUGUAAAAUCUUUUGCAUGAACAUUGUCAGAAGACUAGUGAUAAACCACAAUAAUGUGUUAUGGUAGCAGAAUGAACAGAAAGAACAAGCGUAAAA